CUGCUGAAAGCAACUCGCUCGCGCGUACAUCGGGCGACGCGUAUGCUCGCCGCGUAAUACCGCCCUUAAGCACGCGACUAGUUUCACCUCAAUAUUAUACAAAUACAAUUUCUCUAAUAUAUCUAAAAUAUUCUACUUAAAAUUUGAUUACGGCGUCAAAGUUAAAUAAAGUGCUCUUUCGUCGGUUAUCGUUUAUAGUGGGCGUUAUAUUGGCAAUCUCCGUUAGAAUAGAAACCAUGCAAGGAACCAUGAAAUUGGGUGUGAUCUCACCAUGGUGUUCAAAAAUCGUGGAGUGACGUGACGAACAAUUUGGUGUUAAACAAGCGAUAUUUUGGGACACCAUAAAUCUAUCCCAUUCAAGAAAUAAUCCAUUAAGCUGUCGUUGGUCAAUAAAAUGACAGACAAGUGUAUCUUUAUAUGUAAUAAAAAUUUACAGUGAAAUCGUAAAAUGGGGAAGAACAUAAAUUUUCUUAGUAAAAAGCUGUUUAGGAUAUUAGUGAUAGUUCAAAUUGCAAUGUUGUCUUCGGCGACGAAUUCAACGACAACGACGACUACUACAGAAUUGCCAGAGGAGACGAAGCGGGAGGUAGACAAUGAGGUGGAGGUGGAAGGCGAGGCGUACGCCUGGAGUGCGUGGGGCAGCUGGAGUGCCUGCUCCAGGACCUGCGGAGGAGGUGUCUCUGUACAACAUAGGCAGUGUUUGCCCAGGGUCAGAAACAUUCCUCCACUGGACAACAGCAGUAUACCUCCGCCGGUGAUCACCGUGAGAGUGACGAGGGAGACACAUGAGCCGAACUGCCAAGGAGUCGACAAACGAUAUCAUGAGUGCAAUGAUAUUCCGUGUCCUGGUACUAAGCGGGGCAAUCGAGCUGCUCAGUGUGCCGCCUUCGAUAGGAGACCGUUUCGUGGCAGGUUCUACACCUGGGUCCCUUAUAUUGAUGGUAACGCACCAUGUACGCUAAACUGCAGACCUCUAGGGCAGCACUUUUACGCAUCCUUGUCAUUAGUAGCUGAUGGGACUCCGUGCACACGGCAAGGAUUUCGAGCCAUUUGCGUUCAAGGAACUUGUAAGGCGGUGGGUCGUGAAGGCGUCCUAUCUUCAGCUUCAUCUCGUGAAUUACGAUGUGGUCGGCGACUGGUGUCAGGCCUCUUUUCCCGACCACGUCUGCCUCUUGGAUAUUCUUAUGUGACCACUGUUCCUCGUGGGGCCUGCAGGCUUAAUGUCUCGGAGAUCAUGCCCAGCGAGAACUAUAUAGCUUUGAAGAUAUCCAACGGGUCGUAUAUAAUGAAUGGCGAGUUCGCGGUGUCGGCGGCGGGCACGUACGAGGCGGCGGGCGCGCGCUUCGUGUACUCGCGCCAGGGCUCGCUCGACAGCGUCGUCGCACACGGACCCAUACACCACCCCAUCGACAUCAUGAUACUUUAUACUCAACCGAAUCCAAGUAUAAAGUAUGAGUAUUUCACGGAAUCACUUCCUGGUGAGAUUGAGAGUGAUAGCGUGACGAAGGCUGACUUCCCUGAAGUGUCAUCUACGGCUGUGACGAAGCACUAUAGAAGGCAUCAUAGUUACGACGUGUUCCCGAGGACAAGCGCUGAAGUGCCACGACACCCAGACCUGAGCUUUAGUAACGAAGAUGAGGUCGAUGAAGUGGUAGUUGGUAACAUGAAGUUUAUGUGGAAGAUACUGUCCUACUCUCAAUGCACCAGAACAUGUGGAGGUGGAAUACAACUGGGCAAGUUCCGAUGCGUGGAAGCUAACGGCAGUAACCGCGAGGUGGCAGCACUGCACUGUGCUGGCGUGGCCCCUCCUGCCCGACGGCGAAGGUGUGCCAACAUCCCCUGUCCUCCACGCUGGAGAGCUGCUGCCUGGAGUAACUGUCCCAAAUGCGGACCUGCCACCAGAACCAGGAUUGUGGGAUGUGUGCAGGAUCAUGCCAGGGGUAUUACUAAGAUAAGCGACCAAAAAUGUCCGCUACUAAAACCAACGACAUCAGAGAAGUGCGUAAUCCCAGAUUGUGACAAAGUGAUUGGUGGCGAAGUGAGACAGAUCUUGUCUAAACGUGUGACGAAGCAGAAGGAUCACACGGACAACUUCAGAGAAGGUCCCGUAUAUACAGUGGCUGUUAAUAGCACGGAUUUUGAUGUUGGACCCGAAUACUCUUUUAGCCCUGCGGCUGGAUGGCUCUACACUGACUGGUCAGAGUGUGUGGGCUGGUGCGUUGGCGGUGGGGUGCAGAGCAGAGGAGUCCGAUGCGCUGAUCCUUCAGGAUGCUCUCCAAAGAAGACUCCAGAGUCCUCGCGCUCUUGCACUCCUAAGAUUGAAUGUGAACCACUUGAUGGACAGUGGUUUACUGGUGAAUGGUCACCCUGUUCAGCUCCUUGUCGAGGCAAACAAGUUCGUGGAGUGCUAUGCAUCGGUGGUACUGGAAGACAUUUGAAGGACACAGCAUGUCGCCUGGCAAAACCCGCCCAUGAACGGGAGUGUUCCACUGAUUGUAGACCAACCUGGUUCUACGGUGAUUGGGGACCGUGUAUUGGAAACUGCUCAAGUGGUUCCAAUACAGGAGUCCAGCACCGUUCAGUGGUAUGCACGAGAGCUGCUGACAAUGUGCCUGUGAGUGAGACUGAGUGUGAUGCACCACGUCGAGCCACCCGUACAUGUGAACUUACCUGUCUGUCUACCACAUCAUCUUCAUCUACUACAAAUACCCCGUCAACUCCAUCUACUACUCGUAAAGUCCCUGUUAUUACACCUCCCAGGAAACCGUUACAACCAAUUGAGCCUUACAUAGUUUCAGACCACGAACCGACACAAAGGAAUGUUACUCAGAGGACCGCAUCCAAGGAGCGUGGGACCAAAGCUAAGGGUAACUGCGCCGACAAACUGAACAACUGCAUCUUAGCUGUGCAAGCUCGUCUCUGCCACUACAAGUAUUAUACACACAAUUGCUGCAAAUCUUGUGGCGGGCGGUGAAAAUGCAAUGAAAACAACAUUGAUAAUAAAAGAUAAAAGCGCACUGUAGUGAGGAAUCGGAUCAUUUAAUCUUUAAAGAAGUCAUAAGAAAAUAUGAUCAAUAAUUAUGGCGUCAUGACAAGGAUUGAGUAAAGGACUCGAUGUAAAGGGCGUGUUUGGUCCUUCGGUGCCAAAAUUGGUCUUUCAAUACAGUUAUUAAUACAAAUAUUGAAUGUAUAAGUUUUUAAACUGACAUUGUCACUAACACUAAUAUUAGAACUUAAGACGGGAUAUUUACCAUGUUUAUUUAUGUCUAUGAGUUUCCGAUAUUUCGGCAGUCAGUUCAUCCGUGAUCAUGGCGCUUGCAACAGUGCAAUUAUGAAAUAUGGGAAACUAAACAUGGUAAAUAUCCUGGCUUAAGUUCUAAUAUAAAUUAUUGAAGGACCAAUUUUCGUACCGUAGGACCAAACGCGAGUGAAUAUGUAAACUGAAAGGCAUUGAUAGAGUAUCAAGUAGAAUAAAAAAAAUACGACAGAAUUGAUAAGAAGUCAGUUUUAUUUGCUUAAGCAUAGCUAUAGUGCACGAUUAUCUUUUAUUUAAGUAACAUUUUCAAUGUACUACGAUAGUAUGUCCAUACUGUAUAUGCCAAGCGAUAAAUUACGUUUGUGUAUUUUGCGAUAUGAUUUUUUUUUAAUAUCAUACUUCCUUGUAAUAUUUGUGAGUAAGUAGGUAAUGAAAUAUUUUGGAUUACACAUCGGAAAUCGUCGGAUGUUUUGCAUUUGAUCAUUAAAAUUACAGCCGAUUAAUUAUUUAUCAUUUUGUCAUAAUUAAUUUAUCUUAUCCUUAUUCGAAAUGAAGACGAUAGGACCAUUUGCUUUGUUAAGCACCACUUUUGUUUAACAUAUAUUUUUUAUUAGUUUUAGCUAAUAGCUAUUACCCAUUAUUUGUGAAUAUGAGAAUCUAGUUCACAUAAUGUAUGUAAGAGGUUGGCAAAUAAUCAAAUAUAAUUAUUAUUCCAUUGUCAAUCAUCGGCCAAAAAUAGGAUCGGACAGCCCUAUUGUUGCUCUCUGGCUUAUUUACCGUUUUAAAUUUAAUUUAAAAUAAAUUAAAAUUACAUUAAUUAAAAGUUAAUAUUUAUUUACACUAUUGACGUUCCCAAAAUAAUUAAUUUUAAAUUAAAUUAAAAAUAAACAAUUGCAAAUACGUAGCGUUAAGAAUUAACAUUUUCAUUAUUUUGCUUAUUUGGUGUGAUAUUUAAAUUUAAGUAUAUUUUUGUAUUAAUUAAUUUAUAGUACAAGUAUGUCAUGACUCAACUUAGUACUUAGGUUAUACCGACGCUUCUAAGUUAAUAUCAUUUAUGUAUUGUAGCUUAUUUUCCUUCAGCAUAAGUUAUGUAAUUACUUAUAAGUACCUAUGUAUGUGUAAAUAGAUAGUUCUUUAAUAAAACAAGUGAUGAUUAGAUGAAAUUUCAAAA